AAAGCAGCCGCAGAUCACUUUCUCCAUCAAACCCACAAGUCCCCGUCCCAAGUAUUCCAAACAUGAAGCUCUUCCAUCAACUGAUCCUUGGCCUGGUCCUCAUCUUGGCCCUAAUGGGUUCCCUGGCUAGUGCCCAGCCCUUGGAGGACAGCGAGGCUGAUGAAUCCCUCAUCGGUGACUCGGAGUCGGCUGACUCUGUGCCGGAUGACGUCCAGCAGGACUACCUCAAUGUGGCCAACUACGUCACCCCAUCCCCUCCAUGGUGGUGGAACUAGAAAGUUCUCGACAUUCUUUCUUUCUUUCUUUGUUUUUUUGUUUUGUAAUAAUAAAUAUUUAUC